AAACAUGGGGUUUUAAAGAAACAGCGGUGUUGAAAGGCACUACAUCGCUGUUUGAAAAGAUUCUGGAAAACAAAAGGUAAGGGGGCUCCCUGUGACAUCGCUGGUGAUGUAUUGUACAGCGCUGUUGUCCAAGUUGGUUGACGGUGUUUCCUUCAACAGCGCUGUUGGUCUCCUGGACAGCGCUGUAGGAACAACGAUGUUGUCCUUCUUACAGCGCUGCUUUGGCAGGUCCGGCGUUGUCCGACCGCUUCUUGAAGGUUUAGGUGCUCAUUGUCCAAAUCUUCGUGGCCUUCGUGAGCGGGCCAACGGUGGUGGUGACCUUGAACUGUUCAAGGAUGUCCAUCACCAAGAACGGGUACGGGAGAAGGUGAUCGUGGUCAGUGGACGCGGCGAUCGUCAUGUAGAUCAUGACAAACUUCACCCAAUUGAUUGGCGCCGAGUGCAUGAUCGCAUGGAGGAGCUUGAGGUGGUCACCGGACAUGAUCGUGUGCCCAUGCUUCUGGGGCUUGAUGAUCCGAGACACGAUGUAGAGAAGGAGGCGGCUCUCGGGGGUCGCGAAGUGGAUGGUGGGGCGGCCUGUGGCGUGGCGGCCUGUGGCGUGGCGGAUGAGCUCGGUGAUGCCAAGCUCGUUGAGGACAAGGCCUUCAUUGUUGAGAACCUAAUCCUCUCUGCCAUAGUUGGAGAUGUCGUCGCCUUGGUAGGGGAGGCCGGCGAUGCGCCCAAAUUGCUCAAUGGUGAGCUCAAUCGGCGUGCUCUUGACCAGAGAGUAGAGCAUGUCGUCCUCACGCCGGAGGUUGGAGUAGAAGACCCGAAUCAGCGCCGGGUUGAUCUCCUUCCGAGCCUGGGAGACGAACGGCCAAAGGCCUGUUUGGUGAAGCUGUGCGUCGAGGUCGUCGUAGCCUUGCAACUCCGGUAGGCGCUCCAGGACGAUCCGUGGGGGAGCCAUAACCCAUUUAGAGAAGAAGGUGAGAAACGGGUGCGCUCCUCCUCGGAAUCAAACCAGAGAUACGACCUGUCGCCGUAGUAGAGGCGCUCCUCGGAGUUUGUUGUCGGUGCCCGGGAUUUUGACUUUGAUUUCCCAGAGGUGGCAGCCCUGCUCUUGUCUUUGCCCAUGGUGAUAAAGAGAUCUCAAAAAAAAGAUUGUGGAGAAGAUGAAAUAUGCAAAGAUAUUGAAGAGAAUUGUGUUUGUGUGUGUAAAGUGAAGAGAGGGGGUCCCAAUAUAUAGAAAAGGAGGUU